CCCCCCCCUCCGGUGGGGGGCCCAUGCAUUAGUCAGGGUGUAAAGGUCGGUGUUCGAACGCGCGGUGCGGAAGUGGCACCGUCCCCGUGUCCCCGUGUCCCCGUCCCCGGCGGUGGCUCCCGGCUGGCAGCAGACCCCACCGUGCCGAGAUGGCACCAGACGCCUGAGCCACCCCACCCCCGGCGGGGACCAGCCAUGGAGACGGUCGUCAUCGUGGCCAUCGGGGUGCUGGCCACCAUCUUCCUGGCGUCCUUCGUGGCGCUGGUGGUGGUCUGCCGGCAGCGGUACUGCCACCCCAAAGACCUCCGGCACCACUACGACACCAAACCCAUCGUGGACCUGAUGGGGACCGCCGAGACACCCUCGGAGCCCUCGGAGCUGGAGCUGGACGAUGUGGUCAUCACCAACCCCCACAUCGAGGCCAUCCUGGAGAACGAGGACUGGGUCGAGGACGCCUCGGGUCUGGUGUCCCACUGCAUCGCCAUCCUAAAGAUCUGCCACACGCUGACGGAGAAGCUGGUGGCCAUGACCAUGGGCUCGGGCGCUCGCGUGAAGUCCCCCGCCAGCCUGGGUGACAUCAUCGUGGUGGCCAAACGCAUCAGCCCCAGGGUGGACGACGUGGUGAGAUCCAUGUACCCGCCGCUGGACCCCAAACUGCUGGAUGCGAGGGCUGCGGCGCUGCUACUGUCGGUCAGCCACCUGGUGCUGGUGACCCGCAGCGCCUGCCGCCAGCCCGCUGCCCGCCACUGGGUCGAGCGGUCGCUGGCGGCCGCCGAGGAGCACAUGGCGGUGCUGCGCCAGGCCGCCAUGGCCACCGAGACCGACCGGCCACCGGCCACCGAAGCCUUCCGGCAGGAGCAGUCGGCCAUCUGAGACCCAGCCCGUACCCCCCCCCCAACCACCCUGACACCCCUCGUUGGCAAUAAAGCCCCUGGGAUGUCGUGUGUCCCCACACACACCCAUCAUGGGGGUCUCUGGGUCUGA